GCGAAGUAUACGCUCAGUCGCUCGUUUCUCUGCGUUACCAAGCCGUUCUAGUCUGUUUGUUUUCUCGUGAUCCUCGACCCUUGUUUUCUGUUUCGUCUACGCUCUCUGCCUGACCCCGUUUGUGUUGUUCGCCCGAUCGCUUGACCCUUGCCUGCCCUACGACUACGUUUCUUGAACUUCCCGAUUCUACGCUCUACACCUGCCGCCCGCUCCUGCUUCCGUGCCGAUUCGAGACAGAAAAUGUCACUGUUGUGCGGAGGGACUAGCGAGGAGCAGGACGCCACUGAUGAAGUGCAGAAAAUCUGUGAUGAGGUGAAGCCUCAUGCGGAGGAAAAAGCUGGAAAAACGUUUGACGUCUUCACUGCUAAAUCCUACAAGUCACAGCUGGUAGCUGGGACAAACUAUUUCAUCAAGGUCCACGUGGGUGGCGAUGACUUUGUUCACCUGCGGGUCUAUAAGAUGCUGCCACACGCUGGAGAAAAACUGGAACUUCAUGGAAUUCAGACAAGCAAAGCCCAUCAUGACCCCAUCGAAUACUUCUAAACAUGCGCUCCAUUAUGAAAGACACCACAGAAAUACACUAACACUCUCAAACAGUAUUCUGUCUUACUUCCUGAACUGACAAGAAAUGCUUCUUCAAUUAAUAAAAUGGCAGUGGUAAAUAUCAUUCGUAAAUGUCAUAUCUUUCUCACAAAUAUUUAGUGUUAAAGGGAACACAAGGAGUCGUAUUUGAUGCUUAUAAAUGUCUGUAUAUCCAUCUUGAAGAACACAAUAAACUUUGAUGCCUUGA